CAAAGUAUAAGAACAACAAUUCACUCCAGCUUUUCUCAAUUCUUUCUAUCUUGAAGCCACCGACCUGUUCGUAAUCGCCAUGGCCGCCGCCGCACCCACUGACAACCCUAUCCUGGAGAAUCAUAUCGGCGCUGACCGGGUGGACCCUGGGGAGACGACGUCCGACACAUUGAGUCUGGUGGAAGAGAACGAAAAGGAAGUCAUUCAGCAUCCGAAUGAGAUCACCCAGGAUGCCCAAAUGGGCGUGCAGAAAGCAGAAGCGGCGGCCUUGGUUUGGUCUAAAACCGCCGUUUAUGGCAUCUUCGCCUGGAUCUGGCUGUGCUUCUUCAUCACCUCCUUACAAUUGUCGAUCAGCAACAACAUGAUUUAUUAUGCUUAUGCGGGCUUCGCAUCGGCCCCUCAGAUUUCCCAGGCCUACAUUGUCUCAACCAUUGUCAGCGGGGUUAUCCAGCUGCCGAUUGCCAAAAUUCUCAAUCUCUGGGGCCGUGCCGAGGGCUAUCUGGUGUUUGUCGGGGUUCUUGUCCUCGGUCUUAUCAUCAUCGCUUCCUGCAAUGGCCCCAAUAGCUUUGCCGCGGGAUAUACAUUGUAUUGGAUCAGCUACAAUGUGGUCAAUUUCAUCCUCAGUAUCUUCAUUGUGGACUUGUCUGGCCUGCGCAAUCGAGCGUUUCUUUACGCCUUUAUUGGCACGCCGAGCAUAUGUACGGCAUUUGUCGGACCCAUAGCUGCUCAAGCAUUCCAGCAACGAUCAACCUGGCGAUGGUCUUACGGCUGUUUCGCUAUCAUCAUCUUUUUCGUUUUCGUUCCUCUCGCCUUCGUCUUCAAGUUUUACCAGCGAAAGGCGGAGAAGAUGGGUCUCUUCGUUAAAACCCCAAGCGGCCGUACGACUCUACAGUCGAUUGUGCAUUACUUUCAUGAGUUUGACAUCAUCGGCGGCUUUCUCCUCAUGGCGGCCUUUGUCCUGUUCCUCUUACCGUUCAGUCUGGAGAUCUACGGGUAUGGGGGAUACUCCUCCGCCACGUUUAUCACCAUGGUCGUGAUUGGCAUUCUCCUCUUCCCGGUCUUUGCCAUAUGGGAGAGCUACUUUGUGUCGACCCAUUUUAUCAAGUGGGAGCUGUUUAAGAAGCGGACUGUUCUGGGGGCAUGCGUCUUAUCCGCCCUGGUCUUUUUCAACUACAACACCUGGGAUCAGUACUUGUAUUAUUACGUGCAGGUGGUCUACAACCUCAACACCACGGACACGGGAUAUGUGACGCAAACCUAUACCGUGGGCGCCAGCAUUUGGUCCGUGGUCUUUGGGAUUUGGAUCCGCCAGACCAAGUACUUCAAGAAUGUCUGUCUGUUUUUUGGAGUCCCGCUGUUCCUGCUUGGGGCCGGGCUCAUGAUUCACUUCCGUGGUAGCGAGACUCAAAUCGGGUACCUGAUUAUGUGCCAGAUCUUUAUUGCCUUCUCUGGCGGCACCCUCGUCAUUGGCAUUGAUAUGGCCGUCAUGGCCGCGGCAGACCGCGACAGUAUCCCCAUGCUGGUCGCGAUGUUGGGUCUAUGCUCCAGCCUUGGGGGCUCCAUUGGCUACGCUGUCGCCGUGGCUAUCUACUCCAACACCUUUCCGCAGGCGCUGCGCAGCGCACUGCCCAAUGAUACCCAGUCCGACCUUGAUACCCUCUAUCUCGGCGGUUCCGCUGCUCAGCUGGCAUAUCCUCCGGGCAGCGCCACUAGGUCCGCUCUCAAUCACGCGUGGGCCACGAGCCAAAAGUACGAGUGUAUUGCAGCCACCGCGAUCCUCAUCCUUGCUUUCCCUGCGGUUGCGAUGUGGAAAAACUACAGUGUGGAUAAAAAGCAAAUGAAGGGAACCGUCAUCUAA